CAUUUUUUCAGACUUGAUUUCAGCCCCUGUUCACUGUUACAAGUGCAGCCUUAAAACAGUUUGGCCAAAGCUGCAUCUUGUCAUACUUGGAAUCAUACUUAAAUGAAUAGCCUUUUCAUAGUUAGCAUUAGGUUAAUUUGGGGGAAUGAGAGGCCCAACAGUAGGUUUUUAAUUACUGUCAGUUCCCACUGAAACAGUUUCCUAAAUGGAUGCUGAGGAAUGCUGCUUCCACUCCCCAAGUCUUAAAGGCUUGCAUCUUGGAGUUGUUUAUGGAUCAAAGUGUGGCAUGAAAUGAAAUGACCUCCUAUUUACAAAAAUUUAAUACUAAAUGGUCUCUUCAUUGUGACAUUUGUUAUAUCUAGGCCCCAUUACACAAUGUAUUCUACCUGGGAAUGCUUAUCUGAGCAGUAUCAAGAAGAUCUUUCGAAGAACAUGCAGCUGACAACGUUGAGUGGCUUAAAUGCCUAGUUUUGGAACUACUGCCCAUUUUUCUUCUAAGCAUGCAUAGGUUGCUUAGAAGAAAGGUUGACCAAAUCUUGUCUUGUACAGAGCUGGAUGCUUAACUUGCUUCAGGAGACUAUUUUCCAGGGGAAUACUUGGAUAAAUACAGGGAGGAAAACAUUACAAGAAUGGUGGGGACUAGGGACCGGUACAUACAAGUAGAAGUCUUCUUGUGCAAUCAUGGGUUCCUUUAGCAGCUACUUGAUGGUGGAUUCUGGGCUGGGAGCUGCCUGGCUGACCAGCAGUUUCAGCACCCUCAGAGGUGGGAGCCUGUGAGACACCUGCACAGCACAGUGCUCAGUACUGCUCCUGUGGAAAAUGAAGUGUUACCUAUCUCCUGCCUGGCAUAGGGAAAGAAUAGUGGGAAAUCCGGAAAAUAAAGCCCAGUCUAACAUUUUUUAAUUAACUUUGAACUAGUGCACGUGAUUGCAAACUGUUUAAACAAAACUGCUAGGAGAGAAGUUGGUGCAAGUUUUUUCUUUCUUUUCUUUUUUUUUAAUUAACUGUUCAGUGGCUUUCGACAUUCACUUUCCAGACAGGCUUUGAUUGACUUAUUCUUAAGUUGUCUUGGCUUCAGCUGAUUGCAAACAUACCUCCUCUCUGGGGAGGAAGCAGGGGCAGGCUGUGAGUGUGACUGCUGCUGUGCACUUGUCCCUCUUGCUCCACGUGGACCUCCUGCAGCUGAGCAGGUGAAAGUCCAGGGAAUUACAGUGGUGGCUCCAGGGAGGUUGUGUGCUUAGUGCAGGGUAAUGCUGCUUUAAAUAGUUGCAUAAGCAGAGUUCUUGUUACUUUGCUUCAGUAGCAUGUGGGAGUUGUUUGAGGAGGUGGUAGGUCUGUGUAAUGCAAAGAAGUGGAGUACUUGUUCACAAGGCAGCUAUUAUUACAGCUGGUUAGGUUGUAAUUGCUCUGAUGAUUAAUGGAGAGUUUUCAGUGGCAUAUUAGACCAGGUGAAAAACUGGUUCUGGUCUCUAUUUUUUGCUUCAGAACUGUCUUGUAAGCUUGUUUUGGGGUUUUGGAGUAUGUUGGGAGUAGUUCUUCAAUCUGUGCAUAGUUGCUUAAUCUGGGCAAGUCAUUUUCCAGGCCAUUUUCUUUUUUGUUUUCUGUCUCUAAAAUGUUAUCUUCAGCUUUCAUCAGAAGGAAAAACAUGAAUGCUGUUGUCAGCAAAAGGUGUUGGAGUAGCUGGUAUCCAUCCAUAGACGUUAUGAAAUACCACUGAAGCCUGAUACAAUUCUGCAUUCUUUCUUUUUGUGUGUCACAAAGGAAUCUGCCUAAAGUCUUACAGAUCUUCAGUAAGAAGUAAUUGUCUCUGUCUUAAUUACUGUAUAUCAUGGUUUCCCAAAGCUAUUUCCAGUACAUAGUCCUAUACUGAAUGCUUUUUAACAAAAUUAUGGUUAAUUAAAUGUGCUUCCUGCUAUAGGUGGGGAAGGGUUUCUUUGGAAAUGGGGAUGUGUGGAGAUUAAAGGUGGCUGUUGGCGGUAAAAUGGUCAGCCUAAGAGUUUGCAGGACAGAUGUUCCUCCACUGUAAUAAGGUUCAGUAUAGGAACACUUCUAUUUCCCAGUGUAUUUAAAAAUCCUUUAAAGAACCUGGUUAAUAAACCUUGUUCAUGCAUCAUGCCCAGCAAUUGCUACACAAAAUUUUUCUCUCGCUUCUUGAUGGAAUUUUCUGUCUACACUUACCAAAAUGCUUCUUGUCUUCAAAGAGUUGACUUGGCUAAUAAGAAACAUAGUGUUCUGGCUGUUCGCUGUUUUUCUGGAGAAAAGGAAUGUAUGCUUUCUGACUAGGGGUUAAAUGCAAAUUCUCCUUGGGUGAAUCAAGGUUUGACUUCAAAUGAAACCUAAAAAAUAAAGCUUGCAACAUGUAGCUUAAUAAUUUAUGGAGUUAGUCUUGACUUUUGGUCAAAUGUCUUUGUUACUUAAAUAGCUUUGCUGCCAACUUAAUAUAUCAGUGCAGUAGAGAGAACCUAGAUAAGUUUUUGAGGGGGUUUUAAUGCAAAAAUGCCAAGCCUUGACGAAAUCUUAGAGAACAUUGGAGAAUUUGACAGGUUCCAAAAGCAAAUCUUUUUUGUCUUGUGCUUGCUCUCUGCUGCCUUCACCCCUGUUUAUGUGGGUGUUGUCUUCUUGGGGUUCAUUCCCGAACAUCGCUGCUUCAGUCCUGGUGUGGCUGAGCUGAGCCGUAGCUGUGGCUGGAGCCUGGAAGAGGAGCUGCGCUACACUGUUCCUGAGUGGGGGCAACACGGCACCCCUUUUGCUAGCCGCUGCAGGCGCUAUGAUGUGGACUGGAACGUGACUGGCCGCAGCUGCACCGACCCCAUCGCCACCUUCCUGGGGCAUGGCAACAGCAGUGCUGUCCCCCUCACCAGCUGCCGGGAUGGCUGGGUCUACGAGUCUUCGGGGUCAUCUCUUGUAACUGAGUUUAACCUGGUGUGUGAGGACUCCUGGAAGCUGGAUCUCUUUCAGUCGUCUGUGAAUGCUGGGUUUUUUAUUGGCUCUGUAAACAUUGGCUACAUAGCAGACAGGUUUGGCCGUAAAUUUUGCCUCUUAACUGCAAUACUUGCAAAUACUAUUUGUGGAAUUCUUCUGGUCUUUGUGCCCACCUACCUGUGGAUAUUGAUCUUCCGUUUCUUGCAAGGACUGGUCAGCAAGGGCUGCUGGACUGCGGGCUACAUCCUGGUCACAGAAGUUGUUGGUCCGAGAUAUAGGAGAACAGUGGGGAUUCUCUAUCAGGCGGCCUUCUCCGUUGGACUCCUUGUGUUUGAUGCCAUUGCUUAUGCAAUUCCUCACUGGAGAUGGCUGCAGCUCACUGUUACUCUGCCAAGCUGCUUCUUCAUGCUCUACUACUGGUGCCUCCCAGAGUCUCCCAGGUGGCUGAUAUCUCAAGGGAAAAAUGACAAAGCUAUGAAAAUUGUUAGUGAUAUGGCCAAAAAAAAUCAGAAGAAGAUGCCUUCCCAUCUUGAGGAUAUUAAACUUGAAGAGGAAGAUGGUGGAAAACAGACCCCUUCUCUCAUUGACCUUGUUAGGACACCACAGAUGAGGAAAAAUACAUUCAUUUUGAUGUACAACUGGUUCACGAGCUCCGUCCUCUACCAGGGGCUCAUCAUGCACAUGGGAAUAGCUGGCGGGAACAUGCAUCUGGAUUUUCUCUAUUCUGCUCUUGUUGAGUUCCCAGCUGCCUUCAUCAUCAUCGCCACGAUUGACCGCAUUGGACGACGUUACCCCUGGGCUGCAGCAAAUCUGGUGGCUGGAGCAGCCUGCCUUGUUACCGCUCUAAUCCCAGAGGAUAUACAUUGGCUAAAAGUGAUUGCCGCUUGCAUUGGGCGAAUGGGAAUCACGAUGGCUUUUGAAAUGGUUUGCUUUGUGAACACUGAACUAUAUCCAACAUAUAUCAGGAACCUUGGGGUAAUGGUCUGCUCUGCCUUGUGUGAUGUUGGUGGAGUCAUCGCCCCCUUCGUUGUCUACAGACUGGUGGAAGUGUGGCAGGAGCUGCCACUGAUAGUCUUCACUGUUCUUGGUUUAAUUGCGGGUGGAUUGGUGUUGCUUCUGCCUGAAACUAAAGGAAGAGUUCUGCCUGAGACAGUUGAAGAUGUUGAAAACUUGCACAGGCAAGGAGCUCCAAAGGAGAAGCAGAUCUAUCUCCAUGUCCAAACAUCAGAAGUAGCACAUGAGUGAAGAAUGCAGACCUCUUUCUGGGCAGUAUGCUUUAGAGCACUAGCAUUGAAAAGCAAAUUUAAAUAAAUACACUCUCUUCUGUCUUCA